AUGUCUCUUGAAAUUGAUGUGAAACUACUAUCUGAGGUUGAAUUCCUCGAAACGCUGAAGGAAAGUAAAUACUCAGUGGUUUUCAAAGUCCGUUUCCAGGAAAGGAUAUGUGUUAUGAAAGUGUAUCAUGAUAGAGGCCCGUCUGAGUAUGAUCCCCCUGACCGCGAAGUCAAUCUUUUUAUUUCUGAGUCUACCGCAUACCAUCGAAUGAAAUCGAAGGGCUUGUGCGAAAGGGGUGUUGUCCCAGAUUUUUACGGGAUAAUGAGAAAUAUUCAACCGACGGUUUCUCCAAAUCUUCAUAUGUUUUUUGACGACAGACUGCCGCCUAAUGCUACUUUUAUCGAGUAUAUUCCCAAUCUGCAGUCAAUAGCCCUAUCCAACUUUUCAGUAAAACGGCUCGCUAAACUCCGCGAGAUUCUUGAUGAUAUUCACAGGGUACAAGUUCUUCAUGGUGAUCCAAUGCCCCGCAAUAUGAUGGUAUCUUCAGGGGAGUACGAGAGGGUGCUCUGGAUAGACUUUGACUCUGCCCAAACAUUUUCAGAGGAUGGUCGUUCACCAAGACAAGAAGAGUGGAUCGAAGAAGAGGAUGAGCUGGUGGACUAUUUCAUUGAUGCCUUAGCUCAGGAUUUCAAAGAAGGGAAGCUGAACCGUGCAUAUUCGUACUAUUAUGAGUGGUACAUAUAG